AUGGGCUGUGUUGGCGAUCUUGCAGAAUCCCCUGAAGGUUACAGUAAGAUGAAGAAAAGCACUAAAAGAUUCAAGCAUGACAUUGAAACUCUGCACCCAAGGCAAAAGCAGCUUGCAGAAUAUGAAGCCACUCUCCCCGUCACAGAGAGGUCCAACCCCAUAACACAGGGUAUAGACCAAUCAGAUUCAGUUCAGCUUGUCCAACUGUUGAAAAAAUGUGCUGAAGAAAUAUUUCAGAAGGAGGACGACACAACUACAAACUAUCAGACGCUGUACAGUGAAUCUAUCUUAAGGGCAAUGAGGGACACGGCCAAACAAGUUCAAGAGCUACUGAGGGAUCCUGAUGAUAACCUGAUUGUACUUAGUGGAUGUGGAACAUCAGGAAGAUUAGCAUUUCUGCUUGCUUCUUCCUUCAACAGUUUAUCCAAAACAAAAAGCUAUGACUAGAUCAUUGCUGGAGGGGAUAAAGCUCUAAUGACUUCUCAAGAGCUACCUGAAGAUAAUCCGGAGACAGGGAUUAAAAUGUUAAAAGCAAUUUCAGAAAAGAAAAAGAAAGUAUUGUUCAUUGGGAUUUCAUGUGGAUUGUCAGCUCCAUUUGUUGCUGGUCAGCUUGACUUCUGCAUGAGCAACAUGGACAAAUUUAUUCCUGUUCUAGUGGGGUUCAACCCAAUUCAUAUGGCAAGACCUGACAAAAUAGAGGGAUGGCACUCCACAUUUCUUCGAGUAGCAGAACAAGUUCAGAAACUACACAAUGUACAUAAGGCAUUUAUCAUCAACCCUGUUGUCGGGCCUGAAGGGAUCACUGGAUCAUCCCGAAUGAAAGGUGGAAGUGCCACCAAAAUCCUGCUGGAGACCAUGCUCCUGGCUACACACAGGGCUCUGGAAAACAACACUGACAUCACAAACGGGUGCUUGGUGGAUUUGCUGAGAAGUUAUGAAGAAAUUCUGACAAUCACAUAUUCUCACAGGGAAAAAAUUGCUGCUUUGGUGAAACAGGCUGGUGCAAGCUUACAACAGGAUGGCCAUAUAUAUUAUAUUGGAUGGAAGUCACUUGGUAUCAUGGGAAUCAUUGACACAAGUGAAUGUGUACCAACAUUUGGAGCAGAUGCCAGUCAUGUGUGUGGAUUUAUAUACAAUGGCUUCAACGAAAUGGCAAAUAAAGAAGGAGAUCUGUCAGCACGGGGGCCAGAAUUUGCCAUCUCUCAUGAACAUUUUCUGAAGAGAAUACUGCCCUUAAUCCUCAGGAAUGACACUGUUGUCUUUGUCUUUACCUUGGAUGACCAUGUUGCAGAGAUUGAGAAAAUUGCAUGCAAGGUGAAAGUGUCAACUUCCAAUUUGUUUGCAAUCUCACAUGGAACAGAAGAACAAUACAUGCCUCAACAGCUCAGAAAAUUAUUUUCCAUCAUAAUCAGUGCCGUUUGGCCCAUGACGUUGUCUAAGUACAAAGAGUGCUAUGUCCAGAUGUUUCACCGUGAACUGAGCACAAAAUGGAUGCUAAAUGCAAUUAGCACCGGUGCACAUAUCUUAAAAGGGAAAAUCUACCAUAAUUACAUGAUUGAUCUCAAAGUCAGUAACUCCAAAUUGUUUGGACGAGCUUUGCACAUCCUCCAGAUAUUUACAGGCCACACCCAAUCCCAAUGUUUUGAGGCUUUGUUAAAAUCUAUCUAUGAAACAGAUGAAUUAAGUGAAAAAAAUAAAAGUUUGGAAAUUUCAGAACAUAUUCAGCAAGUGGCAACCAUGAGCAAGAUUGUUCCUGCAGCAAUGGUGGCAUUAAUGGAAUGCUGCUCCACAUCCAAAGCAAAAACUCGACUAGCAUCCAUUCCCUUUGUUCGAGAGGCCAUUAGUACGUCCAGCACUCCAGGACACAAGUGGAGGGCAGAACACUCUGAUUCAGCUGGAAAGGAAAUGAAUGAAUGA